AAAUUACCUGCCCCACUUGAAUCUGGAUAUUCCGGGCCUCACCUUCAACCCUCCGUGCUUCUUUCCCCCUCCCCCACCAAACAACCGCCACCACCAAACAAUCAUACACACAAACAGACGCCAUCCCAUUCAAACCCUCGCUUUUUUGGCUUGGUCGGCCUUGCUCACUCACACCCUUUGCUACUUGCAUAGCAUCCACUAUUCUUAAUUCACUAUAAUCAGCAUCUUAGUGGCUUUCUAGAACAGCACGCCCUUGAUAAUAUACCAACACACCCCUCCCAAUCAAUUCCCCGUCGAUACCUCCUCCAGCAAGGGACACCUUCGCCAUGAGUUCUGGCGCCCAAAGAUCGGUCCCGGGGUCUCCGGCCGUGCGGUUUGCAUCGAGUAGCCAGGAGAUCGAACCAGUGCAGCUUGACGAGACGAGUACGACUUCGAGAACGGGCGAGCAGCUGCUGGAUGUUUCUGGAUCUGGGGGACAGCUGAGGGAUUUGUCGGAAUCGUUGAGUGGCACGCAUCUGCAGUCGAGGAGGAUGAGCCAUUUCAAUUUCGAGCCUGUCUCGUUGCCGGCUUCAAGGGUACCGUCGACAGAGAGCUUCCAGGAGUCGAGUCGGCAUCCAUCUCAGUCGUCCGCAUCAGGUCGCCCAUCCUUACAUUCACGCUCUGGGACAAUGCAAACACCACCACUUACCCCAGCAGUGAGCGGAUCCAGAGAGGCGACUGGGAAGGGUGCCAACCUACAAAGAGUCGAAGCAGAAAUUGACCCCACGACGUCAGUGCCUCAGAUCUCACCACCAACAACCCAAACAUCCGCAUACAACUCUUCGAGACCAGGUUCGUCAGGACAGACAUCACUAACACAACCCAGCGUGGCAGAUUCCGUCACCGGAUAUCGGAAAAGCGCAUUUGCUAUUGGGCCGUCUCGCCAGUCGAGUGAGCGUAGUGAUUAUUCACAAUCUGUUCCGCAAUCCCGGGAGCCGAGCCCGAGUCGAGGAGGAUACAGCAGACCGUUCACACCAGCUGGGGAACCGGACGACCCUUACGCAUCUAAUAAACGGCCUCCGCAGUCUAAGAACCUUGAUACCAUCGAGCCUCGAUUCGUAUUUAGCGGUCUGAACAGCAGACACCGAACCUCGCCGUCUUCGUCCACAACGACCCUACCACGAUCAUGUCGCAGCUCCGCGGACCUGCGCUCGGAUAAGAAGAGCUUCUCAUCGAAGAAAGACCCCAGCAUCGCGCGACUAAACGACGACGCCCUCCCCGCCCGCGGCUCCAUGUCCGAACUAAAGCGCUUCCUAAAGAUCGGCAGCCAUCACAAGUCGAAACGCAACGCCUCCCCAAGCUCCUCCAUAAAAUCCGGCAUCAAAACCCCCACAAGCCAGAAAUCCCUCCAACAGCUCCCCUUCGGCGAAGACCACGGCCUGACUUCCAAGUACGGCAAGUUCGGCAAGGUGCUUGGUGCUGGUGCUGGCGGAUCCGUUAGACUGAUGAAGAGGAGUUCGGAUGGGACGACGUUUGCGGUUAAGGAGUUCCGCGCUCGCCAUGCGUAUGAGACGGAGAAGGAGUAUACGAAGAAGGUGACAGCGGAGUUCUGUAUCGGAUCCACGCUGCAUCAUGGGAAUAUCAUCGAGACGCUUGAUAUCAUCCGGGAAAAGGGGAAGUGGUACGAGGUGAUGGAGUAUGCGCCUUAUGAUCUCUUCGCUAUCGUCAUGACGGGCAAGAUGUCGCGCGAGGAGGUGUCGUGCUCGUUCUUGCAGAUCUUGAGUGGUGUUACGUUUAUCCACAGUAUGGGACUCGCUCAUCGCGAUCUUAAGCUCGAUAAUGUUGUUGUGAACGAGUUUGGGAUCAUGAAGAUUAUUGAUUUCGGAAGCGCGAGUAUGUUCAAAUACCCCUUCGAGACCGAAAUCGUGUUAGCAUCAGGCAUCGUAGGCUCCGACCCCUACCUCGCCCCCGAAGUCUACGACGAGCGCAAAUACGACCCCCAACCCGCGGACAUCUGGUCCCUCGCCAUCAUCUUCUGCUGCAUGUCCCUCCGCCGCUUCCCCUGGAAAAUGCCCCGCAUGACCGAUAACUCGUACCGUCUCUUCGCCUCCCCUCCCUCCGAGAGCACCGAGCCACGUCCAGACGCAACGUCGAAAGCAAAGAGUGAGACUGAGAUUGCGAGGAUUGUGGCCGCAUCGCAGACGCUCGAUGGGAAGGCUGCUAAGGCGGUCGUGGAGGCGCCUACUACUAAACCGGCUGCUGCUGCUGCUGCUGACGUCCCCGCUGCUCCCCCCGCUACGGGUAAAUCGCCCGCGGUGGUGGCGGUGCCGGUGGAGAAGAAACCGGAGGUUAUCAAGGGCCCCUGGAGGCUUUUGAGGUUGCUCCCGAGGGAGACGAGACAUAUCAUCGGUCGUAUGCUGGAGAUUGACCCGAGGAAGCGCGCGACGAUGGCGGAGGUGCUGGAGGAUCCGUGGAUUGGGGGGACGGUGAUUUGUAGACAGGAUGCGACUACUGGGCAUGUGAUUAGUGCGACGGGGCAUACGCAUACGUUGGAGCCGCCCAGUGCGCCUGCUGCGCCUGCGAAGUAGGGGACGUGAGCUUCUGUUUUUGGGGUGGGG